CAGCAACAGCAACAGCAACAACAGCAACAACAGCAACAACAGCAACAACAGCAACAACAGCAACAACAGCAACAACAGCAACAACAGCAACAACAGCAACAACAGCAACAACAACAGCAGCAACAACAACAACAGGUGCAGCAGCAACAGGCUCAGCAACACCAAGCCCAACAGCAAGCCCAGCAGGCUCAGCAACAGGCUCAACAGCAGCAAGCCCAACAACAACAGCAGGUUCAACAGAUCCAGCAGCAGCAACAGGUUCAACAACAGCAGCAGCAGCAGGCUCGGCAACAGAUGCACGCUGUUCUACUUCAGCAACAGGCUCAACAACAGCAACAGCAACAGGCUCAGCAGCAGCAACAAAUGGCGACUAUGGCAGCCAACGCACAAUCGAUUCUUUCCAUGAACAGUGCCGGCGGGUUUUCCCAAACACCACAACUCCAGCAGCUUCAGCUCCAGCAAUUGCAGAUGAGGCUCCAGCAACAGCAGCAGAUGACACCACAAAUGCAGGCCCAACUACAGCAGGCUCUUCAGCAGCAAGGCCAGAACCAGUUGGCUGCCGCCGUUGCCGCGGGUAACUAUGGAGGCUCGCCACACAUCCGCGCAGCCGCCGCGCCUGCACCCAUGCCUAUGCAGGUCCCCGUACCCAUGUCCACCAUUUCCAUCUCAACCGGAACCGGGGCGGUUUCCCCUGAGCUGAUGCAGAGAUGGAGAACAGCGUUCGCAAACACAACGCGGCCCUUUUUCCACAACGGAGGCAACAUACCGAUCAACCUCCUGCGUGCACAUGCAGUGCUUAAUUUCUUUAAGGGCGGCAACGACCCGGUCAAAGAGCAGGCGGUGACCAAGAUCAUACAGGAAAUCAUGCAGUCGUGCAAGGACGAGGUUGGCCAGCCGCUGACCAAGGAGAUUAUUCAGACGAUUCUGCAGGAGGGCGCCAGCGGCCUGACAGUACCCGAUCAGCAGCAGCAGCAUUCUAUGGUGGGUUUGGGAGCCAGUAUGACGCCGACGAUGAAUAAUGCCGCCCGGCCGCAGGCCAUUGCACAGCAGGCAGGCAUGCAGGGCAUUAUCUCGUCGCCGGCCAUGUCUAUGGGCACGGUGAACAUCAACCAGAGCCAGAAUCAGAGCCAGCAACAGCAACAGCAACAACAGCAGUCUGCAGGAUUGAGUGCCAAUAUACCGAUGAACGUGGCAGCCACUGCCCUGCUGACAACUUCGGCCUCCGUAGCCAUGGCCGCCACUGCCGCCGCCGGCUCGGGUGCAUCGCCAACCUCUGCCGCUGCACUUAUCUCUGCCGCUGCAUCUGUUACAUCUUCCGGCUUGUCCGUAGGGAAGAAGCAGACUGCAGGAAAGACCACAGCAUCAGUAGCCGGUGCCAAGUUGAAAAAGAAGUCACAGUCACCACGGACUAACGCCAAGUCGCGCAAGGCAGCAUCUCCAAAAGUUGUAGCUGCUGUUGCUAUCGCUGGCACACAGCCCGUGGCUGCGAAUCCGGCCACUAUCGCAUUAGCAACGAUGCCGGCCAUCAAAGAGACUAUUUCAGAAGACGCCACCACGUCUGCGCCUGGCCUCCAACGUGCAGACUCGAUUUCCACAGAGGUCGCGACCAAGAUCGUCGAAAACAUCAUUACCGCGAUAGAUGCCGAUGCAAUAAGAGGGCGGCCGCGCCUUGAUCUCAGCGAGGCCGACAAGCAGAUCGUUCGCAACCACCUCCCCCUAGUCAGCCAGCUCCUUGAGGCCAACAUGAAGCUGCUGCCUGCGAUAUUCAUACGCACAAAGAGCCAAGAUUCCGUGCAGAAGAUUUACUCUAUCAACGUCAUGGUCACUGAGCAGCGGCGACUGGUCGCCGAGAACCAGUAUAUUGUUGCGCCCAACCAUAUGGUUAACUUUUCCGAGGUGCUGCGCAAGUUCUUAACUGUUGCCAAGGAGUGGGGCAACAUGCAUCAGCAUGAGUUGGCGGAGCAGAAUGCUGCUAGUGCACAGCAGCAGUAUCAGCAGAAUCGGUUCCAACAACAACAGCAGCAGCAGCAGCAGCAGGCGGCGGGUGCUCGGCUGUUGGCUUCCACUGGCGAGGUCGCGGCCAAGAUUGAGCAGGAGACUCUGAUGACGAACAUGCAUCCAGGCGCAUUGACUGCCGAUCCGUCGUUCGAUAACUUCCAAAAGGCUGUCAAGCAUCCGAUGGAGCUGGGCAGUCUCAAACUGCCGGCAGCCAAAAAGCGUGCAAUGGGCAAGCUCGGCAGCUUUGACAACGCGCAGGCAGCAGCGGCAGCUCAAGCGGUGUUGCCACAAUCAGCGUCCUAUAUGGGCGGGAACAUCCAGCAGUCAACUGUUCCGUUUGUUCCAGCACCAAUGAUGCUGCCACCUGAUAUGAACCGUGCUGAUUUUGACAAGCUACCGUUGGAGACGCAAACGCAGAUCCUGAAAGAGCAGCAAUCGUCGAUUAUUAGACAAAACUCGUUCGGAAUGGGCGCGCCGUAUACACAGCAGCAGCAGCAGCAGCAGCAGCAGCAGCAAACGUUGUUGUCAUCUUCGGGGUUCACUCAAGGGACUAACCCGUUGCUGGUGGCGGCUGCGCAGAGCGCUUACACGUCAGAGGCUAUUUUGCAGACUGCGGAUGAACAACGGCUGCUGGCUUUGGAGAAGGACAAGUGGAAUCAGCCGUUGGAGUACCUGAUGUGCGUGUUGGACAAGGUCACACAGGGCGCGGAGAAGGCUGGGAUUGAACCAUCGCCUAUGCUGCAACAGGCGUUUUGGCCGUUGGCUCGCAAAACGGUGUCGGGUAGAUUUGGAGUAGUUGCUUCUGACGCGGUUCUUUGAGGAGAAAAAUAUAUAUAUGGAAGC